AUGACUAGCACAUUGAAAGGCAUUACUCUUAAAGGAAGCGCGGAGCUUGUGGCUGACUUCUUUUCUUUUGGCAUCAACAGCAUCUUGUACCAGCGUGGGAUCUAUCCUCCGGAGAAAUUCACCAGAGUCAGUCAGUAUGACAUGAGCCUGCAGGUCACCUCGGAUCCUGACCUCAAGAAGUAUCUUGACAGUGUGGUGUCACAGCUUAAAGAGUGGCUACUCAACUGUACAGUGCAGAAGCUGGUCUUGGUGGUCACGUGUCUGGAAACGGACGAGGUCUUGGAGCGCUGGCAGUUUGACAUCGAGUGCGACAAGUCGGUCACUGAGUGCAGUGCCCCCAGAGAGAAGCCCAUUCAAGCCAUCCAGGGCGAAAUCCGCUCCGUCCUCCGACAGAUCACCGCCUCUGUGACCUUCCUGCCCUUGUUGGAGACGCCGUGUGGCUUUAACCUCCUGAUCUACACCGACAAAGACCUGGCCAUUCCCGAAAAAUGGGAGGAGUCCAGCCCGUAUCACAUCCGCGAACCAGAAGAGGUUCGCCUACGUUCCUUCACCACCACCAUCCACAAAGUCUGCAGUCUGGUGACUUACAAGAAGACGGGCCCGUUUUAA